AGGUAGAGCGCCACACACAACGAGGGAACCCCAUCAGCUGGAAGUCGAGUAACAUUACAACUCUCAGCAGCCUGAAACUACUACAUUACACAGACGAGGGAUUCGCAUCUGCUUUGUGGAUUUAACCCGCGUCUGAUCACGGCAUUUUUGCUCUAUAACGUCAUUAUUUCCAUUUGAUUCAACGAAGACUGUUUGCUGUUUUUUAAUUUAUUUUUUGGAGGUGGGGAGGGGGGACCAAACUGGCGAAAGGCGAGCAUGGAGUAUUUCAUGGUACCAGCUCAGAAGGUGCCCUCUUUGCAACAUUUCAGGAAAACGGAGAAAGAAGUGAUUGGAGGUCUUUGUAGCUUGGCCAACAUUCCUCUGACCCCAGAAACAGCCCGGGACCAAGAGAGGCGAAUCCGCCGAGAGAUUGCCAACAGCAAUGAGCGUCGGCGUAUGCAGAGCAUCAAUGCUGGUUUCCAGUCACUUAAAACACUCAUCCCACACAGUGAUGGAGAAAAGCUCAGUAAGGCUGCCAUCCUACAACAGACAGCAGAGUACAUUUUUACUUUGGAGCAGGAGAAGACGCGGCUAUUGCAGCAGAACAGCCAGCUUAAACGAAUCAUACAAGAGUUAAGUGGUUCCUCUCCUAAGAGGAGGCGUGCAGAGGAGAAAGAUGAAGGGAUUGGCUCACCAGACAUCCUGGAAGAGGAAAAGACUGAGGACUUGCGGAGGGAGAUGAUUGAGUUAAGGCAGCAGCUGGAGAAAGAGCGCUCAGUCAGAAUGAUGCUGGAAGAUCAGAUGCGUUCCCUUGAUGCCCAGUUGUACCCAGAGAAACUGAAGGCAAUCGCUCAGCUGGUCCAGGAGCAGCAGGCCCAGACACAGGGCCUCGUUCACCUGCAGCAGCACAAGCAGCUGGAAAGGGACCUCACUCCAGCUCACAGCCCACAGGUUUUGCCCCCAGCUACCCCCCCUGCACCUACACACCAUGCUACAGUCAUCGUCCCUGCACCUGCCCAAACUCCACUGCCCCAUCAUAUAACCGUGGUAACCGUGGGCCAAACAUCUGUCAUCAAUACAGCCUCUACAUCUCGACAGAACCUGGACACCAUCGUUCAAGCAAUCCAGCACAUCGAAGGCAACCAGGGGAAGGGGGGCAUCGGGGAGGAGGAGCAGCGCAGGGCGGUCAUCGUCACUUCAGGUCGUGUCCUCUCUGACGCGGCGGGCUCAGACACGGCCUCAAACAGCGAUGGGCCUGAUGACUGCUCACUGCCCUGAGUUCAUCCCUGGCGUCUUGCACGCACACUUACAUACACAUACACUUAAAAUCAAAAGGCCCACGCUGACCUGGGCUACCUGAUGCUACAAACCCACAGCACUCAUUUUCAGUGGACUUUAUUAGGGCUGGUAGACCGAUUGAAGCACUCGUUUUUUUUUUUGUUUUUUAUUUUCUUUUCAGUACACACUCUAACAUGUUGCUAGGCAGCCCGAAUAGGUUUACACUUACACGCACUUCUGCAUCUUUUCUCUGCUUGUCUCUAGCUCUCUGCUUUCUCAUGUCUUUUUCCUUAUCAAUAGAAGGGUUUUAGAGCACCUGCUUUACUGGUUGACCUAUAAACACUUUAUUAAACUGGAUACUAGAAUUUCAUGUCUGCUAAACAUCACCAUCAAUCAAUGGGACUGUUCUCUCGAUCUUUGGCCCUAAAGCCAUGUGACUCAUCUACAAAAAUAGGAGAAAAGUCAAUGAAAGCCCUGAAGUGUGGCGUUGUCACCACCCAACACAGAGCAUCUCCUUUAAAUCUCCUGAGCUGUUUGGAGAGACACUGUGAGCCAAUAAGACUGUCUUAUAUUGACGUUCCAUCUUUCAGGCUUUGAGGUGACAGGUUAUUUUUCUCUUAUGAAGUCUCCUUUACAUGUUCUGUUUCUUUUUGGCUCCAUAAGCCAGCAAGUUAAAGUGAUUGUACUGGAAAAAAAAUGCUUCUUGUUAUUGCAAAAUGGUGCUCACAGGAAAUGAAGCAAAGCUCUGAAGGAAAAAGAGCAUGCUUACUGGUUCACAACUCUUAUUGUUUUUUUUAAAUUUUGUUUUCUGCGCUUUUUUUACUGGGCUGGGUUCCCAGUAAUCCCCCUUUUUCUUUCUAAUCUUGGCCUGACAAAAGAUGCUUUGACUUUUUUUUUUUUUUUUUGGCAUCCUCCCCUCUCGAAAGCACCUAGCUUGUUAAAUAAGCUAAUCUGUGGGCAAUCUUGAGUGAUUUCCUCUGAUGUGUGUGUCAUGUGUGUCCCCUUUUUUGCAUUCUGCAGAAUCAGCGGAGCUAAGUGAUAUUGCAGACUCUGGAAGUCUGCAAAAGCACUGCUUUAGCUUGAAAUCUAGCACUCACACAUACAAAAAAAUGACUGACUUACAAUCACUUAUGCGCUAUUUAAAGGGUUAGGUUUAUCUAGCCCUUGAUGAUGUAGUUUGUUGUCCAGAUGUUUGGACAUCUAUCAAAACAGAGUACAUUUCAGACACGUGAAAAGGAGCCCUGUGAAAUAGUUUGAAUGUGUCACGGAGGUUGAUGAAACAUGCUCUAUGCAUUUCCUUACAUAGAUCAUUUGUCCCUGUGUGCGCUUGUUACCAAGUGCACGAUGCUAUUUACAUGUUUUUGCCUGAAUCUUUUUUUCUUUUUGCCUGAAAGUGUUAGCUGACAGACCGAACUUUUGACAUGUAGCUAAGAGUGACAGCAGCUCGCCUUACUGAUAGCCCAAGGGUGCAGGGAGGCACUGUAAAGCCAGCCUUAACAGCCCUGGGUCUGAGAGACGAACCUGAACUCUUGAUGUGUGCCGUUUGGAAGGCUGUUGGAAUCGUUUCCAACUGGCCUAAUACCUGGGUUGUGUUAGAACAUGUGUCCCCAGUCAUUUUGUCUAUUUCCACUUAUAUUCAUUUCUUAUGUUUGCCUUAAAAACGAACAGGUGUUAUUCUUAUAACAUUAAAGCGCUCCUGAUAUUUCCCCCGAAGUAUUCAAAAUAUAUCUGGAUAGUGACUUCUGGCUGCAUACAAGCGUCUAUUUGCAACAUUUUUCACUCCUUAUGUGUGCACUAUCAAAGGGAUAUUUUGAUAUAUUUAAAGUGUGGUUGUCGGAGGUAAUCUUUAAUCGUAGUGUGAUCAGCCACAAGAGGUUCCAGUCUGUUAUCCCUUCAAGGAGAGAAUGCUGAGGGAACCAGCAAGGAAGCUAGGCAGUUCAGUACUACAGACGGAUACAGUUGCUCCAUAUAAUUAGACAAAGUUUAAGUCAAAAUUUACACUAUACUGAAACGUUUUGGAGCAUUUAUUCCUCCAGAAAGUAUCUGUGUUUGGCACUAUUUUGUAAUGCAACAAAUAGCCUCACCGCAUCCUUAUUCACUUACCAGCUGUUUGGGGUCAUACGCUGGUUACUGGAGCUUACAUUGUGUUUUUUGAUAUUUACUGACCGAUUCUUUGCCGAAGAUAUCAUGCAGCAGCGGAGAACUCCUGUUGGGGGGCAAGUAGUGAUUUCUGCGUAGAAAAAAGUUACCAAAAAGGCCAUGUUUUGAGCUGUUUACCACUAUGCCAGGCACUCAAAGUGCAAAAAAUAUAUUCUUAAUUCUUGAGCUACUUUUUUGACCUGAAAGAAGUGAAAUAUCCAGGGUAAAAAAGUAAAAAAAAAAAAAAAAAAACUAAAGAAGUCUCUGUCUUAAGUUGGAAGAGCAGAAAUCCAUGUCUUUUAAGAGGUCUAGAUCAGUUGACUUGGCUGAGUAGAGCUCAUUGACUCAGAAACAGCUAGUUUUUUACUGUUUUGCUUUUAAACAUGGAUCAAACAAGGACGAAAAAUAGAGCAAAGGAAACUGGCACUCAAGAGCUGUUUUGUAGCACAUGCUCAUUCAUGAAUAGCAUGUCAGUACUUGGUCGGUUUCUCUACAAGGCUUAUUCAGUCAGUAGGACUUCACUGUUUCAAUUAAAAGCACAUUUGCUGUAUAAUGAAGAAUAUGCCAUAUAUUAAAGGGGGUCUCCCUUCUUCUGGCUAAACAACACUAGAUAGUCUGCAGGACUGAGAAAAUUGUGUUAUUGAUUGCCUCCAUACCAGCUAAAUCUGUUAAACUGUGGGAAAAAAAUCACUUUAUUUUUAAAGUGCAGCAUUCAUAAUGUAAGUAGACAUUUUCAGAUGAUGAUUGUAGCAUAGAGGUCCAUUUACUGCCCCCCAUGGAGCAUCCAGGUUCACGGGAUUGUGUACAACCUGUUCACUGAAAACAUUUUAGCAUCACAAGUGUUCCUGAAUUUUGAAACUAUCACCAUUAAAUGGUGUCAAAUGACUUUACAACAUGAAUACUAAUCGGUUACUGAGUGAAUGACUAUAUAUCAAAUAGUGUAUUCUGAAGCUGAUAAAGCACAGCAAUAGAACCUGCAGGGUUAGUUUUCUAUUUCAACAGCUGACAGACUGUGUUUUCAUAAGGCACACAUAAGCUUAUGUAAUAAUCAAUCGUUAUAAGAAUAAAGCGACAGACAAAAACUUAACUUGUUGACAAAUUUCCGUUUAGCUCCUCUAGGCAGGGUUGGUCGUUCCAGUUUGCCUUUGGAAGAUUUUUAAAACACCGGAGUUCAAUUUAGAAGGGAACUCUGGAUGGGGAGUGAUGCAGGCUGCAGGGGUCUGUGAGCCCCUAUUCUUUGACUCAGAGCUGUCCUGAAGUGGUGCUAUAACUAAGUCCCACUCCUGACAGUGGUAGCUUUGGGAUCCCUCCUGCUCACCAGUUUUCACUGCAGUUUCUCCCCUUUCUCUUUCAGCCAAACGAGUUUCCAUCUGUAGAAGCUGUUCCUCUGUGUACUCCAGUUGAUAUAAAGUAUUCACAGGAAACAGCACAUCAUCAUCACUCAAGUUUUUUGUUGACCUAAAAUCACCAUAUGCCCAUCUAUGGCACUCUCUAGACUAGCUUCCUUGCCAGUGCUCUCAGCAUGCUCUCCUUAAGUGUCACUGCAGACUGAAAUCUCUUGUGGCUGAUAUAUCAAGGACCUUGUACAUUGCAACUCAACUUUAAAAUACUGAAAUAUCCCUUUAAAGGCAGAUAUGUGGAGAGAAAUUCCAUAUGAAAUUUUGACAUUCCAUGUAAUUUAACUCAUUCUUUCCCAUCUGGUAUCUACAGAAGUUGCGCCUGAAGUAUGUAGAAAUUGCAUUCAUAUUUAGAGCAUCUGACACAUCACUGUUUAUUUUUUUAAGUAUCAAAUUUUGUGACGAACCCUUACAUCAACGCAUAGAUGGAACUUUGAAAUGCUGGCUGGUUAACGUGUCCAGUUCAAUGUUUUCUGUCAUGGAACUGCCCUUUAAAAGAUAUUGAUGUCAGCUGCACUGAAAGAUGUGACACAUCUGUCAAAUCAGUUAUGGGAUGUCUUCCCUCUGCUUGUCACAAUAGGAAAGGGAUCCUGAAACAUAAAUAAUGCGGUUUGCAGGCUCUUUUUUUUUUGUAGAGCCUUUGCUUUUUCUUCCAAGUAUUUGUUCUUUUUUGUGAUAAAUCCAAAAACUGUUUAAUUUCCGUCUAUGUUUUACACUCUGUUCUGUGUGCUAGGAGAUGUUAUGUGGACAUAUCAGAUUGUUAGCUGAGUGGGGUGGGCCUUGGGAUCAUAACAUGGGGUCAAAAUAACAAAGCACUUACUGUACUAUACAGGAGUCUGCCUCUUUCUAUGAAUGAAGAGGCAUCUCCUCAGCUGAAGCUCUUGAAGGUAUGCGUAGAAACCGCACAGCUGUGUAUCCACAUUUCCCCCCAUUGUUCAGCCCUCCAUCUUGUCCUGUUUGCCCCUCACAUUCUGCUUUGUCUUUUUUAUGCUAUUUUUGUUCAUUUAUUGUCAUUAUCUCUUGUUUCCCUUCUCAUUUCGCAGCUCCUUCCUCUCCCUCUACUUUUGUCUGUUCUCUGUAACUUUUUGUUAGACCAGUCUGUGCAUACGGUCAUCAAGAACCUAUUUUGUUUUUGUUUUAUAAGAGAAAUGUUUUGGGGAUAAAGAGGCUUGUGCCUUUGUAAAGACAGAAUAAUAAAGUUUGUACUUUGUUUUUUA